AUGCUUUGUGUGGGGGCUAUAGAGGAUAAGCUUAGUGAUGUGGAGGUCCUAGAUGAUUACCCAGCUAGUGUGAAGGUUCUAGAUGAUUACCCAGCUAGUGUGAAGGUUCAAAAUGAUGGCCCAGCUAGUAAGAAGGUUCUAAAUGAUGGUCCAACUAGUAAGAAGGUUCAAAAUGAUGGCCCAGCUAGUAAGAAGGUUCUAGAUGAUGGUCCAACUAGUGUGAAGGUUCUAGAUGAUGGACCAGUUAGUAAGAAGGUUCUAGAUGAUGGCCCAGCUAGUAAGAAGGUUCUAGAUGAUGGCCCAGCUAGUAAGAAGGUUAAAAAUGAUGGUCCAGCUAGUAAGAAGGUUCUAGAUAAUGGCCCAGCUAGUAAGAAGGUUAAAGAUGAUGGUCCAGCUAGUAAGAAGGUUCUAGAUAAUGGCCCAGCUAGUAAGAAGGUUCAAAAUGAUGGCCCAGCUAGUAAGAAGGUUCAAAAUGAUGGUCCAGCUACUAGUAAGAAGGUUAAAGAUGAUUGUCCAGCUAGUAAGAAGGUUCUAGAUAAUGGCCCAGCUAGUAAGAAGGUUCAAAAUGAUGGCCCAGCUAGUAAGAAGGUUAAAGAUGAUGGUCCAGCUAGUAAGAAGGUUCUAGAUAAUGGCCCAGCUAGUAAGAAGGUUCAAAAUGAUGGCCCAGCUAGUAAGAAGGUUCUAAAUGAUGGCCCAGCUAGUAAGAAGGUUCUAGAUAAUGGCCCAGCUAGUAAGACGGUUCAAAAUGAUGGCCCAGCUAGUAAGAAGGUUAAAGAUGAUGGUCCAGCUAGUAAGAAGGUUCUAGAUAAUGGCCCAGCUAGUAAGAAGGUUCAAAAUGAUGGCCCAGCUAGUAAGAAGGUUCUAAAUGAUGGCCCAGCUAGUAAGAAGGUUCUAGAUGAUGGUCCAACUAGUGUGAAGGUUCUAGAUGAUGGACCAGCUAGUGGGAAGGUUUUAUAUGAUGAUCCAGCUAGUGUGGAGGUUUCUAGAUGA